ACAUCUGGCUAAUUCAGUAACUUUGUAAACCUACACCACUAUAUUCUGUUCUGCUCAAUGCUUGUGCUCCAUUAUGAGGGGCUAGUGGAAUACCCUAAGAUAUGCUGCCCUGUAGGUUUCACCGCCACAAGGACAAACAGUUAGAGACCCAGUUAGGGAAAUGUCUACGAGAAAAAGAGACCAUCUGUGAUAUGCGGGACAGGUUCAUUCAAGUGAGAAGAAAACAUCUGCAGGUUCCUGUAUUCAGCCUGAAAUAUAUGGUGAAACAACUAGAGAAUGGGGAGGUCAACAUUGUAGAACUAAAAAAAAACUUGGAGUACACAGCUUCACUGUUGGAGGCAGUAUAUAUUGAUGAGACAAGACAAAUUCUAGACACAGAAGAUGAACUGCCAGAAAUCCGUUCAGAUGCUGUACCCUCAGAGGUUCGGGACUGGUUGGCCUCCACUUUCACACAACAGACGCGGUCAAGUGGUCGACGAUCCGAGGAGAAGCCCAGAUUCCGCAGCAUUGUUCAUGCCGUGCAGGCUGGGAUCUUUGUGGAAAGAAUGUUUAGAAGAACGUACACAGCAGUUGGACCAAAUUACUCAGCAGUUGUUGUCAACAGCUUAAAGCACCUGGAUCUCUGGGACUUUGAUGUGUUUGUGCUCAACAGAGUGAGUGAGGACCAUGCUUUGAAAACAAUUGUGUUUGAACUUCUAACCAGGCACAAUCUGAACAGUCGAUUCAAGAUUCCUGUUGCGUUUCUGAUGAGUUUUCUGGAUUCUCUAGAGGCUGGUUAUGGAAAAUACAAGAAUCCUUAUCAUAACCAGAUUCAUGCAGCGGAUGUUACACAGACUGUACAUUGCUUUCUCCUGAGGACGGGCAUGGUGCACUGCUUGAAUGAAAUUGAGAUUCUGGCUAUCAUAUUCGCUGCUGCAAUUCAUGACUUUGAACAUACAGGAACAACAAACAGCUUCCAUAUCCAGACUAAGUCAGAUUGCGCCAUUUUAUACAAUGACCGAUCAGUGCUGGAGAACCACCAUGUCAGUGCAGUUUACCGGAUCAUGCAGGAUGAUGAAAUGAAUAUUUUUGUUAACCUCACCAAGGAUGAGUUCACGGAAUUAAGAUCUCUUGUCAUUGAGAUGGUUCUAGCCACUGACAUGUCUUGUCACUUUCAACAAGUCAAAACUAUGAAAACUUCCUUGCAACAACUGGAGACCAGCAUUGACAAAUCAAAGGCUCUGUCGCUACUGCUCCAUGCAGCUGAUAUUAGCCAUCCCACUAAGCAAUGGAAGGUGCAUGCCCGCUGGACAAAAGCUCUGAUGGAGGAAUUUUUUAGACAGGGAGAUAAAGAGGCUGAAAUGGGACUGCCCUUCUCUCCACUAUGUGAUCGCAAAGCCACGUUGGUAGCUCAAUCCCAAAUUGGUUUCAUUGAAUUUAUUGUGGACCCAACAUUUUCAGUGCUGACAGAUGUCGCCGAAAAAAUUGUUCUUCCAUUAGUAGAGGAGGGGAGCAAGUCCAAACCAGCUGCUCCAGUCAACCAGUCAAGCUCUCAGUGGCGGCAGCCUUCAUUAGAUGAGCAGUCGGAACUAGGAGACAUUAAUGCCGACCUGAACAGCUUCCGAACAACAUGGACAAAGUAUAUCCAGGAAAACAAGCAGAAGUGGAAGGAAAGAGCUGCUAGCGGAAUAACAAACCAAACUUCUGUGGAUGAACUUUCCCCCUGCAAGGAAGUGCACAGCACAGAAGAAAAUGGAAACCUAGACUAGUGUACAGUUUCCAUCGGAGACCAGACACUGCUCCGGCUCAGAUUGAGGUCUUUGAUUUCACUUCAGAUCCCCUCCCUGCAGUACAGAAGAACUGGGAUACAGGGAGUAAACCAAUUGGAUCUGACUGAAGCCGCAGGUCACUUGGCACGCACAGAAAGCGGGACAUUCAGGGAACUACACUACCCUCAGAAUCCCUCCAUCUGUGACACUGUGUGGACUGACUCAAAGAACACAGUACAGCUCUUCUCUGACCAUCUGUUCCAGCUGACUCUGCUCUGUGGGUCUGUCUCUCAUUCUCUGGAUCAUUCAGAUAAUUGAACUGCCUCUGCUCUAUGAAGAAUGAAACAGAACUGUCUUAUUCUUUUGUGAGUUUGUUAGUUUAUUAGGACUCUCUUUUUUGAAGUACGCAAGCUCAACAGUGUACAGUCAUUUACAGUUUAUCUAUUCCCUUUAAAAAAAUACUCCACUGCUCUGCAUGACUCUCUGGCAGUGAAAGGGUAGCAAAAUGUUUGUUAUUUUACCCAGAAUGAUGCAAAAAAACAAAAACAAACUCAUAUAUGCACAGUAAAAAGUACAAGAAACGUGGAAUUAUGGCUUAUAUUGUAUAUUCUCAUACCAACAACGUAACCUAAUGACAUGGCAAUGGAAGGAGUUAAGUCUAAAUUUAACCUACCACCCAAUUCAAAUCAAAAGAGAAAGAUUACAUAUUAUUUUCGGGUUACAAAACAACACAGGGACCAAGCAAAUAGGUAACAUACUGCUUUUCCAUUUAAAGAUCUUACCUUUAACCCAAGUAACAGAUUAUUAACGAAACAUGGGCCUUUGAAUUAACCCUUCCACUCCUGUGUAAAUAAGUUAGUAUAAAAAGUGGACCAAAGCAUGUUAGUUUAUUUAGCUUAACACUUAGUAUGUCACCCAUUUGAUGGUUCCAAAUCAAGCUUUGCAAAAUAUCUGCUAACAUAUAUUGUACAAGACUCUUCCUUAUUUGUCAGACAUUGCUGCUUAUAUUGUUCAUCUUAAAAAGCUUCAUAACUUUGCAUAAUGUGUUUCUUCCCAAGGAACUUACUGGGCGCUACAAUUGAAGCCCUGUCCUAAGUAAUGCCCUGCCUAACCAUUAAGUAUGCAGAGCAUUGCUUAGGUUUGUACCUACUACUUGUGCCUGCAGACUAUUUUAUUAAACUCAUCUAUAUUUACAGACCUGCAGAGCAUUUCAUAAUCCUUUGCCAUGCGUGAAUUCAUAAAAGUUGAGGUUUCUUGUCUAUUUGUCUUGUCUGUUUCAUAGGGUUUUAAAGUUGUGUUUUGGUGCCUUGUUUUGAAGUGUGUUGUAAAAUAUUAUAUUCUCAAUUA